AUCGGCGCUUCGGUGGGAGCAUUCCGAUUCAGACAGUCAAGCAUCAGUUGUAGUUUUACAGACCGUUUCAGCACCAUGGGAAAAGUACCAGGAAUUGGUAUCGAUUUAGGUACCACUUAUUCGUGUGUGGGGGUGUGGCAGCAUGGCAAAGUGGAAAUCAUCGCCAACGACCAAGGUAACAGAACCACCCCCAGCUAUGUGGCCUUCACCGACACCGAGAGGCUCAUCGGAGACGCUGCAAAAAGUCAGGUUGCGAUGAAUCCCAAAAACACAGUUUUCGAUGCCAAACGAUUAAUCGGACGCAAAUUUGAUGACACAAAAAUCCAAGAAGACAUGAAACAUUGGCCAUUUACUGUGAUCAACGAUGGUGGCAAACCGAAAAUCCAAGUUGAGUACAAAGGCGAAAUAAAGAAGUUUGCUCCGGAAGAAAUCAGUUCGAUGGUUUUGACCAAAAUGAAAGAAAUCGCAGAGACGUACUUGGGAGAUAAAGUCAACGAUGCUGUUAUCACCGUUCCGGCGUAUUUCAACGAUUCGCAAAGACAGGCCACUAAGGACGCUGGGGCUAUAGCAGGAUUGAACGUUUUGAGGAUCAUUAACGAACCAACAGCUGCUGCUUUGGCUUACGGUCUUGAUAAAAAUUUGAAAGGGGAGAAAAACGUUUUGAUUUUUGAUCUCGGGGGUGGCACUUUUGACGUAUCUAUCUUAUCUAUAGAUGAAGGUUCGUUGUUUGAAGUCAAAUCGACGGCUGGGGACACUCAUUUAGGGGGCGAAGAUUUCGAUAAUCGUUUAGUCAACCAUUUCAUACAAGAAUUUAAAAGAAAGCAUCACAAGGAUUUGAGUAACAAUACUAGAGCAGUGCGUCGCUUGCGAACUGCGUGUGAAAGAGCUAAAAGAACCUUGUCAUCAAGUGCUGAAGCUAGCAUUGAAAUUGAUGCCCUCCACGAAGGAAUUGAUUUUUACUCCAAAGUCAGCAGAGCUCGUUUUGAAGAGAUGUGUAUGGAUUAUUUCAGAUCGACUCUUCAGCCGGUCGAAAGAGCUUUAGCUGAUGCCAAAUUAGACAAAGGUGCAAUUCACGAUAUUGUCUUAGUUGGUGGUUCCACACGUAUCCCAAAAAUUCAAAAAAUGCUACAAGAUUUCUUCUGCGGAAAACCACUCAAUCUUUCAAUCAAUCCUGACGAAGCUGUAGCUUAUGGUGCAGCUGUCCAAGCUGCAAUUUUAACAGGAGACACCAGUUCGCAAAUUCAGGAUGUUUUAUUAGUCGAUGUUGCUCCACUAUCUUUGGGAAUUGAAACUGCAGGUGGUGUUAUGACCAAGAUUGUUGAGAGAAAUUCGAGAAUUCCUUGUAAACAGCAACAAACCUUCACUACUUACUCUGAUAAUCAAAAUGCUGUCACUAUUCAGGUUUUUGAAGGAGAACGUGCUAUGACUAAGGAUAACAACCUUUUGGGCACUUUUAAUCUAACCGGAAUUCCUCCAGCACCUCGAGGAGUCCCUAAAAUCGAAGUAACUUUUGACUUGGAUGCUAAUGGUAUCCUCAACGUCUCAGCUAAAGACACAAGUACCGGAAAAUCCGAACGAAUUACAAUCACUAAUGAUAAAGGUCGGUUAUCUAAAGCCGACAUUGAUAAAAUGUUAGCAGAAGCAGAGAAAUACAAAGCUGAAGAUGAUAAACAAAAGGAACGAAUUGCUGCUAGAAAUCAACUCGAAGGUUACAUAUUUAGUGUCAAACAAGCCGGUGAAGACGCUCCUGCUGAUAAACUAACAGAAGAUGAGAAGAAAACCAUCAGAGAGAAAUGUUCAGCAGCUUUGAGUUGGUUGGAUUCGAACCAGUUAGCCGAGAAAGAAGAAUUUGAAGAUAAAUUAAAAGAAUUGCAAAAAGAUUGCUCCCCGAUUAUGAUGAAACUGCAUCAAGGAGCUCAAGGAGGUGCAGCUCCUGGGGGAAAAGGACCCACAGUUGAAGAAGUUGACUAAUUCUACUAACAUUUGCUUCCGAUUUGCAUUUAUGGCUUUAGCUCCGUUUGGUUAAAAUGUUAAUAAAUAAACUUUGCAAAAUA